AUGUUAUAUCUGGCCCUAGUGAUAUAUCCUUUGCUUCUCUCCUGGUGUUGCAGGAGCAGCUUCCGGCAGGGUCUGGUGAGCGGCAGUACGCCCGUGGUUCACCCCAUCCUGCACUGGCUGCUGCAGAGACUCCCUGAGCUGAAGAAGAGAGCCUACCUAGCUCGCUUCCUGUUCAAACUGGAGGUACCCGCUGAGUUCCUGCAGGAUGACGUCAUCAACGACACCUCUCACCAGUAUGAGGAGCUGGUGGAGAGUUUUAAGACGUAUCAUAAGGAGUGUGAGCUGCUGAGGACUUCAGGCUUCUCCACAGCAGAAAUCAGGAGGGACAUCGGUGCGAUGGAGGAAGAGAAGGACCAACUCAUCAAGCGUGUGGACAGGCUGAAGAAGAGG